AUGGAGAAUACUACGUCACAAGAGCCAGUGGUUCCAACGAACAAAAACGACGAAAUCAACAUUGAAGAAGAAGACAAAAACUACGAAAUCAACAUUGAAGAAGAAGAAGCAGAAUCAUCAGAAAUGGACAACAAGGAAAGACAAGAAGAACUGCAUGCAACAGAUCAAAAAUUUACCAAAAACAAGAGAUACAUGCUGGUUCUGAGUUACUUUCUUCUUGUUGUGGGUUCGGUCUCUUCAACCAAACUUUCAAAAUAUUAUUUCACCCACAAAAGUGCAAGCGAAUGGCUUUCAACCUGGCUUUUGUGUUUGGGUUUUCCCCUUUUACUUAUCCCCAUUUUCCUCCCAAAUUCUAUACUCAAAUCCACCAUCCGAAAAUCUUUUACUGAUUUCAAUAGAAAGAUUAUAACUUUAUUGAUCUUCCUUGGAAUCAUACUCGAAAUCAAUAAUGUUAUUUUCUCAUAUGCUGCUUUAUAUCUUCCAGUUUCAACCUCAUCACUUCUUCUUUCUUCCCAACUUGGUUUUAAUCUUGUUCUCUCUGUCAUCAUGGGGAAGAAAAAGAUAACCUUUUGGAAUCUCACCACCGUGAUUUUCAUCACGUUGAGCUACAUUCUUCUCGCAUUGAAUUCCAGUAGAGAAAGACCGAAAAAUCUAACGGAGAGGGAGUACUUCAUCGGAUUCUUUUGUACCAUUAGCGGAUGUUUGUUGUAUGCUUUGUACCUUGCCGUUGUGGAGAACAUCAACAAGAAGGUUGAUUGCUACGAGAUGGUGAUGGAGAUGCAGAUGGUCAUGGAGGUGACGGCGACGGCGUUGGACACCGUGGGAAUGGUGUUCCUAGACGGAUUCUGGGAUUUGAAGAAAGAAGCCAAAUUGGUGUUUGACAAAGAAGAAAGGAUUUACUGGGUUUUGAUCGGGGCAACCACUGGGUCCUUUCUUGCUAAUGUUUCCAAGUUUGAAUUUUUAGAUUUACACAAUUCUAGCUUGCGGGAGGGUGUUACCUAA